CUUGCAGCACCCUGGUUUUGUGGUGCUCUCUGGUCGCUGGCAUUUCUGCGGCGGUGUUGGCUGUGGGCGUUUGAAUCUUGGAAGAUCAGGAGAGCCGCCGGACGUGGCAAAGGGACAGGUGCCCGCUCAGAGCGGGAGCGCGCCCUUCUGGGAGGGAGGCACCGAGGUGCCGGCAGGCGAGGCCUCACCCUGCAGGGCAGGGUCUGCACGUUUUUCCCCAGGGGCGGGGAAAGCCUGGGAGCCAGGGGGACAUAAAAAUGGACAGCCCUUUUACAAAUUCCUUAGUGAAGGGAUUCAGAUUUUUACUCUUCAUCUCUUCUGUCCUGCAACUGGACAUGUUAAAUCGAGGAUGGAGAGUGCCUUCAGAGACUAGGAAUCUUUAUGUCCUGGUUUCCUGUGGGAUCCCACAAGGGCCCAAAUCGCUGAGGACAAGUUCUAAGACAACCACCUGCUGCCUCAGUUUCCUUUUUGUGUCCAGUGGAUGGAAAACAGCCUCUGUCCUCCUAACUGUAUCCCACAGGACCAGGAAGGUUACGAGAACACAUGAGAUAACACAGGCAUGGAAAAUGCUACAGGCUUAUAAAAGUAAUUGGCUGUUUGAGGUAUGUGAUGGUCGUUGGCCAUGGUAUACAGAGCUCUUGCGCACAGUUUUGCCUCUUCCUCACAUCCUUAACUCCAAGCCAUCUAACUGUGACUCUUAAGUCUGAUGGGUUAUCUGAGCUAUUGCCUCAGAAUUUGAUGGAUCAGGAAUCAAAAACUAACUGGGAUUAUCACAGUGAUCUUGGUAAUACAAUGCUCCCCUUUGUCUGGGUUUUGCAGAGAAAGCUUUUUGCAUACUGGAAUUAGCAUGUUAUACUCACACCCGUACACCGAAUUUUAGGAGUUGUUGCUUUCUUGACUUGGAAUAUUCAGUCGUACCAUCUGACUACUUGAAUAGUUUGGCUAACUCUUGCCAGGGAUUAGUACAUUAUUGAUGAGUUAAUACUAAUUUAUAAUACUCUCAGACCCUGGGACAGAUAUUUGUUAAGUAUUGAAGGGAAGAAUAUAGCACAUUGGCAUGUAUUUAUAUAAGACAUUAAGAGCUCACAUUUCUGUAAACUCAUUUCAAGAGAGUAAUAACCUUCUACCUGUUGGAAGGAGCCUUAGAAUCAGAAAGUAGGGCUUAUAAUUUUUGUUCUACCAUUUACUAGUUUUGUGUUCAAAAACAAGUCACUCAAGCCUGAAACUUUGUUAUCUCUAAAAUGUAAGAUGAUUGUAUAGCUGCUGUUCCUUUUUCAAGGGUCAGAGGAGAUCAUGAGUGUGAAAAUGAAAGGCUUUCUAAGUAUGAUAUUGUUAUUAAGAGAUUUGCAUCAGUUCCUACCCUGAAUGAGAAAUGUGCAUUCAAAAGUCAGGUUCUGAGUCAGAACUAGAAAUAUAGCUGCACAGCCUCCAACCUAGCGGAGCUCCUGUUACAGUUGGGAUAUAGACAUCAAAGAAUAAGUCCAUAAAAUAAUUUUAGAUAGGAAUAAGUACAGUGAAAAAAAGAAAGGUGAGAGUGGGGAACAGGGAAGGUUGUUUUAGGUAGGAUCUGUUGGGGGAGGCCAUUUAAAGGAGGGGACAGUUUAAUCUAUUGAGUGAGGGGAAGAGCUUGAAUAAUAACAUCUCAGGAAAGGAUAAUAAUAGCAGUGAAUGCUUUAGUAGAGCUUACAUAUGUAAGUACUGUUCUAAACUCUACAUUCUUACGACAAUCACAUGAAGUAACUAACACUCUCUCCAUUUUUAUGAAGGAGGAAACAGACAAAGAUGCGGGAUUUGCCCAACUGAAAUGUGGUAGAGACUGUGAAUUUGGGCAAUCUGACUUCCUAAUCCAUGCUUCAUAUGACUAUAUUUUUCUGCCCCAGAGCUCAGGACAGAGCUCUGAGGUGGAAACAAGACAGAAAUGGUUGAAAAACAGCAAGGUGAGGGUAGAGUGUUCAGAGCACAAUAAGAAAGGGGGAAAGUCGUGACAGAUGAGGAUGGAGGGCCUGCUAGGUUAGGGGGGGCCUUUGUAGGCUGUGUUGAAGUAAAGAUAUUAUCCAAAGUGUAAUGGAAAACUGGAAAGUUUGCAUCAGGGAAGUGACAUCUAGUUUAAGCUUUCUUGUAUGGAGAAUUAACUGUAGAGUCAGGAGGUAGGAAUGAAAUAAAAAUGGCGAGAUAGGCUAUUGCUUACCUUUUGGGGGCCAGAUGGGUGGUACUUUAGGCUAGGGCGAGUAUUUGUGGAGAUGAUGUAAGUGUUAGAAUUUGAAACAUAUUGACAGGACUUGUUGAUGUGGAGUGGGAGGAAAAAGGAGAAAUAAUAAAUUCUCAGUUUAAGCUGGAACAACCAGGAGAGCAGUGGUAUAGUUUACUAAAAUGAGAGGAUGUGGAGAACAGGAUUUGGGAGGAAAAGUAUGAAUUCAGCUUUAGAUGCUUGUUAGACAUAGUGAUAAUAAUAUAAAAGCUAGUAAUAAUAGUGUUAUAAUAAAAGUGUACGUGUAAAUAGGGUUCCAGGCAGAUUUUUAAGUACUUUUGCAUAAAUAAUUCGUUUAAUCCUCAAAAUAGUUGUGUAUGGUACCAGCUAUUUUUCUGGGAGGGGUACUGGGAUUGAACUCAGGGGCACUCACCACUGAGCCACAUCCCCAGCUCUAUUUUAUAUAUAUUUUUUUAUUUAUAGACAGGGUCUCACUGAGUUGCUUAGCAUCUGGCCUUUGUUGAGACUGGCUUUGAACUUGCAAUCCUCCUGCCCCAGCCUCCUAAACUGCUGGGAUUAUAGGUGUGCACAACUGAGCCCAGCCAGUAGGAGUUAUUUUUGUUCCUAUAAAGAUGAGAAAAUGAAGGUACAGAAAACUUCCUUAAUUCGCCCCAUUUGUGAGUGGGGAAGUUGAGAUUCACCCCCAAGCAUUCUCUGGCUUUGGAGUACAUGCAGUUAAUUUCUGUGACUGCCUCCCUAUGGAUGAGGUGACUAAUAUGAAUGUGGAGUUGGGAGUGGUCAGUGUUGGAGAUUCACAUUUAUAUUUCUGAAGAGAAAACCUGCUUUUGUUCUUAUCUAAGCCUGGGUUGGCAGUGGGAGUAAAGAACGUAAGGAGUGGGGCUGUACUGAUAGGUUGUUCAUUAUUUGAUUGGGUUCCUGCAGGCAAAGUCCAGUCUUUUCCCACUCGUCCCCCCACUGUAGAUUCCAUGAGGGCAAGGUUUCUCUCUUUUUAACUUCUCCAUCUCUAGUCCUUAUACAUUGCCUGUCAUGUAAUAGUUGUUAAGGAUGACUUUAUAUGAAAGGCAUUUAAUUAGGUUUUGGGAGUUCAGAGAUGAAUAACAUAGCUCUCUUCCUGGAGGAGCAAAGUAUGAGGAAAAACCUGUGGGGAUAAAAUUAGACUAAAUGCAUAAGUACAUGCUGAUUAGUUCAUUUUGGUUUUCUGCACACCCCUAUCCUACCCCAUGACUUGAGAGAUGGGGCAUGAAAAGGGCAAAGGAGCAAAAGAAUGCUUAAGUAAUUGCAGGAAGAAUUUAAGGCUCCCCAAGAGUCCUUUUCAACAAAAGAAUUACUCAAAAUCUUGCAUAUUUUACUACAUUUGCAUUAGUUUUAUUUGGCACUGAUAUGAUUUUUACAAAAUGAAAUAAAUUGUGAUAUUUGACUAUCAUUGUGGAGCGAUGAGUUUUUCCAGUUUAUUACCUCAGUGUUGACAGGGCUCAAGAGUGAAACAGGGAAUUGGCUUGAACUGUUUGUUGCAGUUUGCAUAAUAGAGGGUGAUGGAAGGGCUGUGUGUGAAGCAGUUGGGCAGGUUUCCGCUAGUUUAAGUGUACCACACCAAAUUUCCACAUAUUGGAAUAAGUUUGAAUUUCGCUGAUCCACUCUUUAACAUUGAGAUAUAUUUUUUUGUUGUAAAAAGGGAAUCUGGUAACGUGUCAUAGGUGGAGUUAUAGUUUGCCUCUCUUGUAUCUGGAGCAUUGUAGAACUAGAGACUAGACCCCCACCACUAAUGUGUCUUGUUUCUGUAAAUCAGUUUUAGGCAUACCACAAUCUCAACACAGUUGUCACAAUUAACUAAUAUGAGUAUUUCAAAUUUGAACCAUUAAAACAUUAUUUAAAAUUGCAGUAUUAUAGAUUUUAUAAUUAAGUUCAGAGUUUUUUUCUUAUAAUACACAAAAUUAUAUUUUCUUUAGCUUUUGAAGUUUUUAUUGGAAGAGUUGAUCUGAAUAACCAAAUUCAUCAUUGCUCCAAUAGGAACCCUCUACAAAUAUAAAUGUAGAAGUGUGCCAUCUCAUUUUGUAGUUCACAGAAUUUUAAAUCUGUUUGUGUAGCUUCCCUAAUUCAGUGGACUUGAAAUGAUUGGUAUUUCUUUAUAUCACUUUUGUAAUUAGCUUCCUUAAGAACAUCAGAUACCCAUAUAUAAAAUAGAAUACCCAUAUAUAUAAAGUAGAAUUAACUAUUGGCCUGUUGAUUGCAUAGGCUUUGUGGAAUUUUAAGUUCAGGCUCAGUGAGGGCAGAUUGGUGAUUAUUUCAUUGUUCAGGUAGCUCUCAGAAGAGCAGGUAUGAGGGUAGGUCCUAUUUGAAAACAAAAGAAGCCACUCUAACAUUGAAGAUGUGAAAUAUAGCAUCCUAAAUAAUGAAUAAAAUUCAAUUUCUUUUAAAAUUUAUACUUGUACAAGCAAAAUUUAAAACCCCUUUAAUGUUAUUGUUACAAACACCCUGUAAAAUAUGUAGGGCUUACAUGAUCUUCAUUAUAUAUUUAUCAUAUAAAUAUAUGGAAAUUUUAUCUUACAGAAAACAAUGUGUAUAGCCAGUGAUGGAACAUACCAGGCAGUUACAUGUAGUUCAUAAGAUUCUACUUCUGGUAGUUACUUUUACUUUUGCAUAUACCUUUUUGCUCAUAUAUAUUGGGAGUGAUAACUAAACACUAGUUUUUGUAUUUUUGAAACUGUAAAUGUUUGAAUAAUUUAAGUAAUUUGUAUAGAUUUAAAUAAUUUAUGAAUUGUGAUUCAUAAUUUCUUAGAAAUUAAGAUCUCUGGCUUGAUUUUUUUUCAUGUAAAUUCUAAUGGCUACUACUUAGUAAGUCUGGGUGAGACUAAGCUUUAGUGACAGGUCGACCAAGUUAUCAUUCCAAAAGAAUAAUCAAAAGCAAAUUCUUAGUAUUAAACACAAAAAAGUUAUCCCUUUCCUGUGGAUGGAAGGCAUAGAUUAACCCUAGCUACCUACUAUAACUGGAGUUCUCUUUAAGUUGCUGCCCUCCCACAGGCAGCAUUUGUUUAUUUGGUUCUUAUGUUUCAAAGCUGCUAGUUUCAAGCUCCAUUCUGAGCCACCAGUCUGUAGGGAGGUAAAUGUGAGAUAAAUAUUGGAAUAUGGUAUUAUGAAUUUAGACUGGUAUGAGGAUAAUUUUGUUUCAUCCAGCCUACCCUGGGGAUUUUGCAAUGUUUAGAGACAUCUUUGAUUGUCACAACUGUGUGUUGGGUAUCUAGUGAGUUGAUGCCAGAAAUGUUACUAAACAUCCUAGAAUUCAUCAGAUACCCUAUUCCACCCCAAAUAAAUAUUAACCAGUUUAAAACGUCAGUGCUGUUGAUGUUGAUAAUUUGUAUAAUCUCUUAAACACUUCAUUUUAUUUCACUCCUCCUUUCCAGGCCUCUCCCCUCACAUCCCGCUCCCUUCCUGUGUUAUGUUUCUAUCACUGGGACAGAAUAUCUGAGAUAAUCUUAUAAGUUAGGAAAGACUUCUUUUGGCCUAGGGUUUCAGUGUGGGUCAGUCUAUUGUUUCUUGGCCCAUUGCUUUGGGUCUGUGGUACAUCAUGGUGGGGAGUGCACAAUGGAAGACAUCUACAUACCUCAUGGUGACUGGGGAACAGAGAGUGGGAGAGAGGGAGGAAGAGGAUGAGGUUCCAACAUCCCUUUCAAGGUCAUGCUGCAAUGACCAGAUUUUCUUCCACUACGCCCCAUAACCUGAAGUUUACCCUCUUCCCAGGAAGGCCACAGGCUGGCAACCAAACCUUUAGCACGUGAACCUUUGGGGGACAUUUAAGAUUGAAACCAUUAUUCUUUUAUAUUCUCUUUUUAUUUUAUAUUCUGUUAUAUUCUCUUUUUAUCUCUCUCUCCUGCCUGUCUCCCUCUUUCCCUCCCUUCUUCCAUUCACUCUUUCUGCUUUCCCCAGUGGAGGUGGUAGUUUUAAGUGGCAAAUGCGGGAACUGGAACAAAAGGUUUUGUUGUACUGUUUUUAGUUUGUUGGAUAGUUAGGCGAAUUUGAUUCAUUUACUGCAUAGAAAAACAUUCUUGAAACUAGUUAAAAUAACCGUAAGUAUUUUUGGUUGUCAUUGUAUCUAGUGCUUUUGUGUUUGUUUUUAACUGUGAAAAAAAAAUCUUUUUACUAAAAUUAAUUUAAUUUGGACAUUAUACAGUCUUGGGUUGUUGCUAGUAUGAAUUUCCUUCAAUUUUUUUUUUGUAGAUACUGAAUUAGCUAUCUUAUAGUUAGUAACUUGGUUGUUUUUCAAAGAUCCUUUUUAUAUUAGUUUUCAUAUGUUAUUGUCACAAACACCCUAUAAAAUAUGUAGGGCUUACAUAAUCUUCAUUAUUUGACAGAUAAGGAAACAGACAUAGGUCAAAUGACUGUCCAUAUUGUUGGAGCAAGUUAGUGACAAGAGCAGAUCUAGGAUUUGGAGAUAGGUUCACCCUUUUAAAGUCACCAGUUAUUUGUUAUCCCAUUUAAUCUUCCUAAAAACCCUAUGCAAUAGAGUAAUUAUUCCCACUGUAUAGAUAAGAAAGCAGGUUUAAGGAGACUAAAUAGUAUAUUCAAGGUCACCCAACUCAUAAUGUAAUUUUGACUGUUUCCAUUGAGUUAUUCUGCCUCUCUUAAAAAAAUUAAAAUUGACAAUUUCUGUAUAAAUUCAUCUAAUCUAUGAUUACAUGACUAAAUAGGUUUCUGGGCACAUAGUCUAAUUUGCCACUUGAAUCAGUUGGUAAAUUGUGUGUUUGAAAUACUGUUCAGAUAUGAAACUCAGUGGAAGUUCACUGAGUUUUGUUUUACCAUAAGAUAGCACUAUUUGCUAUUUAGAAUAUAUUUUUUUGAGACCUCUGAAUCCAAAAGUAGUCUAAGAGAUAGCUCUCAGCUGUUUUUUUGAGCAUAGUUAGGGCAGGUGGCCUGCAUGGUAGGACUGACAUUGCUAUUCUGAUACAGAGGGAUUUGUUCAAGAGUUAAGCCUCCCAUUUAUCUCAUUUUCUAUUUUGAAUCCUUUUAGAAAAUGUGAUAAGUUGGGUAGCCAUUGUUUAUAUCAUAUUUGAGGCUGUUUCUCUCCACUGUAACCUAAACCUCAGAUUGACUUGACUUUAACAACAGAGUAAAUGAUAAUAAUACAGUUUUUAUUUUCUUCCUGAAACAUUGAGAGUUUAUUCUACUCUAAUUGAGCACAUUAUUUUUGUGAGGUGUUAGGAACUGGUGAUCAAUAUUUUAUUGCCUAGGUUGGGGAACUUAAGUGUUUAUUAGUUUGCCUGAAUAAAUCCAAGAUAGGAUUUUGAAUUUAGGUUUCAGGUUUUAAAGAACCAAGCUAGACAGUAUUUUCAUUAGGUUAAAAAGAAUAUAUACUUAAAUAUUUAAGCAGUUUUAAAAAGAUUAUUUGAUGUUAUUCAAUUCUUGGUUUUAGUGGUUGGAUAUUGUAAUGUUUCGUAUUGUACAUCCAUUGGUUGGAUUUGGACCAUAGAUAGUAUUGAAAUUAUGGGUUUUGGAGGAAGGGAGAGGAGGAGUCUGACCUUUGCUAGUGUGCAUGUAUAUUGGGCAAGAAGAAUUAUACUUUUCCUUAAAAGACAAAGACUCCAAACUUGCCAUUAUAUUGGAUUAUUGUAACAAAUAUUUUUCUUACCUCAGUGAAGAAAAAUGUUCAUAUCCAAAUACUCAUGUUAUUUAUUAAUGUGAAGAGAUCACCAUACAAUAUUGCUGAAACAAAGCUGAAUUUUAUACUUCCUAAGCAAGGGAGAACUAUGCUUGGAGAAUAUUGUCCUCCUAGAAGGCAAAAAACAUGAUCUUAUGAGGUUUUGAGGAAGCAUGGAGUUUUAAGAUUGGAUGAUUUUCAAAAGUCAAACAGUUUAAGGAUUGGAUGAUUUUAAGCUUGGAGUUUAGAGACUGACUGACUUUGAGAAGGUUACUGAAUCCAGGAAGUUGCUGAUUGGCUUUCUGAUGAGUAUUGAGGAAAGGUUGUAUGAGGGUAUGGCAGAGAUUAAUUCUUCUCAGUUAUCUAGUUCCUCCUCCUUUCAUUCUAGAAUUAGAACCCCUAUGGUUUAGCUGGCAGCAUGGUUACCCACUCUAGGUUUCAUCUGCUUCUGAUGAUAGGUAUGACUGUAUGCUUACGUUUGAGCCAGUUAUAUAUGAACAGAAGUGAAAUAUGCAAUUCUGGAUUGGCUUUUAAUGGUGCUUGUCCUGGAUUUCAUCUGCCCAUUCUCUUUCCUCUCCCAUUGACUGGAAAGCAGCAAACAGGAAUGGCAACAACUGUCUUGAACUCAAAUAGAAGCCCUGUCCUGAGGAUAUCAGCCCUGGAUGACCUUGUGGAGAAAACUAACUACUACUUGCUCUCCCCCCAGCCACCUGUGUAUCUCCAUGUUGUUUCAUGAAAGAGAAUACAUUUUUUGUUUGUUUGAGCCAUUGUAUUUUGGUAUCACUUUAUUACAACUGUUUAACCCAUACCCUAUAAAAUGCCAAAAUUUAGUACCUGAAAUGGGGUACUGCAUAAUAAAAAGCUGAAAUGCAUGGCAUUGGCUAAGUGGUUGGCUGACAUACAUUUAAAAAAAAAAAGUCAAAAAACCACUGACCCUUAAUUGUAUAGUGGUAAAAUAUUUGGUGAAACUGUCACCUCUGAUAAUUUUUAUAAGGCAUCAAUUUCUCUAUCCAGUCUACAUCUCCAGGGAAGUGGUUAGAAAGAAUCAGAUUGCUAAUACCAGUAGAGUCUGCUUGCUUCUUUAGCGGGAACUAUAAGGGGGCAUCAAAUAAAGGUGUUGAGAGCCACAGCUGAGUCAGAAUGACGCCUGGCAUAUUGCCAGAGCGAAUGGUUGAAAAGUGAUGCCAGCAACCAUUGAGAUGAUGAUUUGAGUUAAGCUGUAUAUAAUUGCUGUGAUGCUGGAUUGAUUGAGUUGUAUACAACUCUGGGAAUCUGAAUCUGAAUCUACUUUGGAGUUUCCCAUGGAGUUCUCCCCGGGGUUUGCAGAGAUUGGGCGCGGGGAGCCAGGUGAAAGGGGUGUGUUCCCGAGGAGUGUGUGUGCAGUGCCAGUGAGAGUUGGGGAAUAAAGAAUUGCUGUUUGAACCUACAACGCUUUGUGGCGGCUCGGUUAUUUGUGCCCAGCCAGACUGCGGUAUAAAGGGCCAGUUAGUUUGUAUUUAGAGUUCAAAGGGAUUGUGUAGUUUAUAGCUAUUGAAGUUUCUUUUUUUCCCCAUGGUCUGUAGUCUGAACUGACUGUAAUGUGGGGCAUUGCAGGGUUGGAAAAAAUUGUUCCUGUGUGCCAGACAGUAAGAGGUAAGCUUGUCAUUCUCAAAAACCUUCUGCUAGAUUUUCUUGGCUCAACCUUGGAAGCUAUUGGAAGCUAGUCCAGGCAGAAACUAAAGUAAGGAUUUGCUUUUUCACCUGAACCAGUCAGUUGAACUAAGUAAAAACUGCAGUUUCAAAUACAAAGUUUUAAUUCCCUAUAACAAUAAAGGUGUAUUUCUUACUCAUGAUAUGUUGGCUGUGGCUAUGUUCCACAUCCUCUGUCACACCCAAGAUUUAAACUGAAGAAACACUGCCAUUUUUGGGCAGGGGGACAUUACCAUUUUUGUGACAGGAAAAAGAGAAGUGGCAGAACCAGCUUCUUGUAAGUGACUUAUUACUUUUGUUUUUGUUUUAUUGGCCAAAGCAAGCCAAAUGACUAAGCCUGAAAUCAGUCUGGUACGAAGGAACAUCUCAAGUCACAUGGCCAACCCUGAUGUCAUUGAGGUGGAAAAAUCCUCUUGGUGUGAAUCAGAUGACCUCAAGGCAGCUAGCUGUAAAUCAAGAGAAAGAGGGAUAGGUCUGCCACUGAUGCCAGAAAAUAAAAAAUAGAGUUGACAAGUUUAAUAUCUAUGACAAACAAAAUCUUUACUUGUGGUUACUUUCAUGUGGCCCUGACAGAAGACAGACAGACAUAUUGAGUUUUUGAGAUGAUUAUGUUGUCAAAAAUCCAAAACGUUUGGUUUGCAAAAGCCUGUGUUGUUUUGAUGUUGUUUGACACUUAGUAGUCAAUAAUCCUUAGCUCCCAAAUUUGCACCAGCAGGAAGUAGGCAAUUGGAUCUUUGCUUCACUGUUGAAGCACGUUCUCUUCUGUGUCCACUUCAUAUAUGGCCAGAAAGAAUAACGGAAAAGAAAAGAAUCUUUCAGUGGCCAAGACAGGGCUCUUAUAGACAAAUGGACAAGGAAAUUCCCUUCAGAGACCAGAACCUGAAUUUAACCAAAAAACUUACAUUCUGCUGGAGCAUGGAUUCUUUGCAAUUCUUUUCCAACAGUAUUUCAUUGUUGAUAAAAUAAGGUAUUUGGUAUUCUUUUCAGAAUGUAAAACUUAAUUGUAUUUGACCACUGAGUAUUGGAUGUGAUGAUGAUAGUAAAUAGCAAAGAUUACUUCUCUAUUAAUUUAUAGGUCACUGGAUAGGGAAGGAGCCACAUGGAUACCUGUUAAAGAGGGUUGUCAUCACUCAGAGAUUCUAGACUUUGAACAGAUUCCAGUGAUGAGUGGAACUUCCAAUUAACUCAUGUGAAAGGAGAUGACUGUUGCAUAGGGGGAAGAAGGAUGCACUCCCACCUCUGAUAUUUAGCUAGGCAUGUAGGUCCCCCCUACCCUACCCACCUCUCUCUCUAUAUAUAAAUCUUAUUUAUCAGGCUCCUUAUUGCUAGAUAAAGUCACUAAGCCAGUUUCUAAGUUUUGGCAGUAGGGUGAGAGUGGAGCUGUGAUAUAUGCUACUUUUAAAGCAAAUUAGUAAUAAAAAAAAAAGCUGCUUGUCUGUCGUACUCUUUUGCCCAUUUCCUUUCCUAUCCAUGAAGUGUUGGUGAGCUAGCCAGCAGUGGUGGUGCCCCAAGGAGAGGUGAGAUGAGACAUGUGGGACCUUAGUCUCUGAAUGACCUUGCAGAGCAGAGCUAUCUCCCUCCCUGGACCACUUGUCUGCGCCUGUACUGUCAUGAAAGAGAAAUGAAUUCCUCUUUUUUUUUUUUUUUGUAGCCAUUGUGUUGUUGGUCUUGUUGUAUAGCAUUUUAGCCUAUAUUUUAAUUGAUACAGAUGGCAAUGCUUUAAGUGAUAAACAAACAUAGGAAGUUAGAUUUGUAAUUAUUCUUGUGUUUUUUUUCAGCUGAAGUUUUUCAUUUUUACAUUUUUUUUUGGGGGGGUGGUAUUGAGGAUUGAACUCAGGGGCACUUGACCACUGAGCCACAUCCCCAGUCCUAUCUUGUAUUUUAUUUAGAGACAGGGUCUUACUGAGUUGCUUAGUGCCUCACUUUUGCAGAAGCUGGCUUUGAACUCGCCAAAACCUCCUGUCUCAGCCUCUCCAGCUGCUAGGAUUACAGAAGAGGGCCCUAACCAGAAACUGACCAUGUUGAUCCUAGGCUUCCCAGCCUCCAGAACUGUGAGACAAAUUAAUUGAAAAGAUUUACUCUAUGACUAUAAGAGUCUUGGGAGAUAGAUAAAGAUGAAUGCUGUGUGUCAUGUAACACUGAAGUUUUGAAGUUGGAAGACAUUUGCUAAAUCAAAUCACUCAAAUGAACUGUGGGUUCUGGUAACACUACCUAUGAGCAAACGGACUGAUUUCUCAGGCCUUUGAGGUUCUCCAAAAUUAGAAAAGAGUCAUUCAGCUGUCUCAUCAUUAAUGGAAAGGACCUGAGCCAAGAGGCUGGAGAAGAGAAUCAACCACAUAGAAUAGAGUGUUUGCUGCAUUCAGGUUCAACUUCCUCAACCCAAAGAUGAAACACUAAGUUUUCAUACCAAUUUCUAAAGGGUUGAACCCAGGACCUUGUGUGUGCUAGGAAAGUUACCAUUCAAGUCAAACUCACCAUAAUGCAGAAUCCUCUAUCAGUACCACCCAAAGAUCAAGGAGAUGAUUCCAUGUCUACCAGUCCUGUUGAGAAAUACCUAACUCCACAAAUGCUGGACUCUCCUGGAAAGACAGUCUGCACAGGCGAAUCAAACAACCCUUCUGGAACAAUACAGAGUGGGAAAAGUUUGCAGAAUAAGAGUCAGUUUAGGACCAUUGCACCAAAAAUUGUGCCCAAAGUCCUAACAUCCAGAGUGCUGCCAUGUCAUUCACCAUCACUCUCCGAUCAGGGGAAUCUGGGGCCCGCCAUCAAGCCAUUGGGAAUGCCUGCCCAGAACUAUGCUCUGAUGCAGGUUGCUGGCCAGGAGGGAACAUUUUCUCUUGUUGCUUUGCCACAUGUUGCCUCACCUCAGCCAGUUCAGAAACCUAGAAUGCCUGAAAAUCUUAAACUGCCUAUUCCCCGAUAUCAACCCCCAAGAAGUAACAAAGGAUCAAGAAAGAAACCCAUCCUGAGCCCUCCCGAGAGUGGCUGUAGCAAAUCUCCUGCCCAAACCCAGAUGUGUCCUCAGAUGUCUCCUCCUGCACCUGCCCAGCCUGAAUUUCCACAUAAACCCAGUCCAUGUAAGCAGCUUCCAUCACUAGACAAAGCCCCAGCCAGCAUCAACACAGCUAUACUGACAAGUGGCAGUGGCCAUGGAGACUCGAGAUCUCCAGUGAUCAACAACCAUGGAGAUGUGACCCCUCCUGCCACCCCUGUAUUCUCUACACCAGGGGAGCUCUCAGCCAAGCAGAGCUUCCCAAAGAUUUCAGAGAGAGUAAACUUUACAAGCAAGAAAAUACCCAGUAAACCUUCUCCUAUUGCCGGUGAAAAACUGAAAGAACAAGUUGAUCAUGCAAAAGCCAUAACCAAUUUAUCACCAGCCAUUUUGGGCAGUACAGUUCAAUUGAUCUCUUCAGUCCCCAGGGGAAAGCUGCCAAUCUUACCCUACUCUAGAAAGAAAACAGAAGAGGUUUACAAAAUUGAAUCUGAUGCCAAUACUGCAGAUUUCUCUUUACCUGGGCAUGGGUCAGACUGUGAUAAGAGAUUCUCCACCACUGAAGGCUUUAAUGCAGCCACCAAAAUGGUCAGUAAGAUGCCUGUUCCACAAGUGUCAAAGCAGAGUCUUUGUGAAAGUGCCUUUUGUCCAGUUACCAAACUAGAUCUCAACCACAAAACAAAAUUGAAUGGUGGGGCAGCAAAGAGAAGAGGAAGAAAACGAAAGAUACCAGAUGAAAUUUUGACAUUUCAAGGAAAAAGGAGGAAAUGCAUUCUUAAUAAAUGUAGAGAUAGUAAAGAAAGGGCAAAAACUGAUCCCCAAGAAUCCAGAGACCAAAAACCUGGGGUCCUGAAAAAAUACCGUAAUAUUAUGCCUAAACCUGUAAUUGUUGUGUCUGCUUUGGCUCCCCUAGCUUCUCCUGCAGCUGUGCUACCAUCCCAAACACCCAGCAGCCUGGGACAGGACACUUUGUUAAAUAAUUCUAAAUAUCUCAGCUGUAAGCAGAAUGAUAACCCCUCCUCCAAGCCCAGCUCUGUGUUCAGAAAUGGAUUCUCUGGCAUUAAGAAGCCUUGGCACAGAUGUCACGUUUGUAACCACCACUUUCAGUUCAAACAGCACCUUCGAGACCACAUGAAUACACACACCAACAAACGGCCGUACAGUUGUCGGAUUUGUCGAAAGGCCUAUGUACGUUCCGGCAGCCUAAGCACACACAUGAGACUUCAUCACAGUGAAAACCGUCUGAAGAAACUGGUGUGUUGUGAGUUUUGUGCAAAAGUGUUUGGUCACAUCCGAGUCUAUUUUGGCCAUCUGAAAGAAGUGCAUAGGGUCGUGAUCAGCACUGAGCCCUCCCCCAGUGAACCACAGCCAGGGGCCAUGCCUAAGAACAGGGACAGAGAUGCUAGUAUGCAAGCGAUGGAGGGACCCCUGGAGAGGGAAAACAAGUCAAGCUUGGAAGAAGACUUCCUUCUAAACCAGGCAGAUGAAGUCAAAUUACAAAUCAAAUGUGGCCGUUGUCAGAUCACUGCUCAGUCUUUUGCUGAAAUAAAGUUCCAUCUGCUUUAUGUUCAUGGAGAGGAAAUUCAGGGCAGGCUGCAAGAGGGAAUCUUACCAGGCACCAAAGGAGCUCAGGAGGCUCUGGUUAAACAUGCUGCUCCUGACUGGAAACAGCAUCCUGAGAGAAGAAGGCAGGUGAAGGCUUGUUCCUCUGAGGAGGAAUUCCAUGCAUUUCCUAAAUUGAAAAGGCCACUCUAUCUUCACCACCAAAAUGGUGUGGAAAUACUCAUGGAAAAUGAAGGAGGUCAACCAGGAGCAAAUGAGCCAAGGGAACAACAACCUCAGGUCCCUGAGUGUCCCAGCCCCCACACCAUUCUCCUCUGGUCCCAUUCAGGCUUUAACUGCCUCCUUUGUGCCCAGACACUGGGAAGGAAGGAGGAGCUCUUCCUGCACUGGGAACACAGGCAUAACUGUGAGGACCCUUCCAAACUUUGGGCUAUUUUAAGUACUUUCUCAAACCAGGGAGUGAUUGAACUUUCCAGUAAAACUGGAAAAUGAAACCCUGAGGCAAACUGGGGUUAAAGAGAGUUUUGCUAGCACCUUUCUAUCAAAUCUUUGUGUUUUAUGGUGGUACUUAAUUUUAUGAAUCAAACAAAUUAGAAUCAACAUUAAUGAACAAAAAUAAUUUUUGUACAUAGUUUUAUUUUCUUAUGAAAUAAAAUAUAUGCCCUCGAUGCAUAUUUUUCUAACCGUAUGCAGUCUGAUUUUAAAAUUCUAUGUACUGGCUUUAUUUUAUCUUAGACUUUAUUAAAAGAUCAAAAUUUGGAGAUUGAAAUGUAGAGGCUUAUAGGUUGUUCUUCAAAUAAUUUUCAGUAAAAAUGUGUGCAUGUGA